AUGGAUACGAGCCCCUCUGUUCAGGCCUUUGAGUUUCAGGGUAAUCGUCUACCAUUCGUAGCUGCGUCUUAUGGGUCUCCAACAAACUAUAUCGGUGCUCAUUCGCCUUUGUUUUCUACCGUCGCCGACGUAACGUUGCCCGGCCAUAUGCCUUAUCCCUUCCUGAAUCUGAUAGACUUUACGAAAACGGGUAGCCGCAGUUCUGUAAUCAUACCAUCGCAGGCCUCUCCGACUUACGGCGCGCCGUAUCUGUCAGCUAUGGAAAUUGGUCUCCUCGCUGCAAGGAGUAGUCCCAUGUUUGGUAGCAUGCCAUCGAGUCCUUCUUAUGGUCUUAGCCCGCUAAACAGUCCAAAUACGAACACAGCGAUACCCGUCAUUGGCAAACCUCAGCUUAUUCCCUUUCUGCCUACGGCACCUGCCUCUCAGAAUCCCGGCCUCCCGCCUCUGAUCAGAAUUCCGUCAAGUCCGGGUAAUCCGCUGGCUUCUAUGGCUCAAGUACCUUUGCCGCCAGUCACUACCACAGUGACCAGUGUAGCUAAUACCUUCUUGCGUCGGUUAAGUUCGGCAGAAGGAACUGAUGAUGACAAGUCAGAGCCAUUCGGACGACAGUCAGACGACAGGAAGGAAUCGAAGAUGCCGCAUAUCAAGAAACCAUUGAACGCCUUCAUGUUGUACAUGAAAGAAAUGAGGCCCCAGGUGAUGGCUGAAGUCGGUCUGAAAGAGCGACAGUCAGCGGAGAUCAACCGAAUUUUGGGCAGAAGGUGGCAUAUGCUCAAUAAACAAGAGCAACAAAAGUAUUAUGACAUGGCAAGAAAAGAAAGGGAACUGCACAUGGAAAAGUAUCCUGGUUGGUCUGCUCGAGACAACUACGCUGUUCACAAGAAGAAGAAACGGAAGAAAGACAAGAGUCAUGAUAAUUCGGAGAUGAAGAAAUGCCGCGCAAGGUUUGGAUUGGACCAACAGAGUAAAUGGUGCAAGCACUGCAAGAGAAAGAAAAAGUGUUUAUGGUUCAAGGAUUCGGAUGCUGAUGGUACGGAUAUCGCUGAGCAAAGUCCCCCCUCUCAAGUUUCCUCAACGACACAGUUUUCAGCCGUGGAGACACAUGUGUCGAUUGUCGAUUCCGUGAAACAGACUAGGCCAGCCGAGCUACUUAACGGCGGUGAGACGGAGUCAUCGAAAAGUCCCUUGUCGCAUGUUAGUUCCACGACUAGUGUGACGCAGAACGGUAAUACGGUUAAAAACCACGAAGAUGACGUGGGAGACGACGAAAAGCUGCAUAUGUCCAGUCCUUCAUCAAACAGCGACAUCAUGUCCGACGAUGAUGACAGCGAGCCGCCGGUCAACUCUCCUAAUUUAGUGGACAUGUCGCCAUGUGAAGAAGACAUGAAAGUGCCGCCAGUGUUUCCAUCUAAAGGAGCUGCGGUUUAG